CAACACCAGGAUGACUUCCUCAUUAGAGCUUCUUCCACAAGAGCUCUUGGAAGAGGUAUGUCUCUAUGGCACAUUGGAAGACCUGCGAGCUUUGCGGCUCGCCUCCCGCGAGCUGCGUCGGAAGAGCAUCUACAUCUUCGGCUCAAGAUACCUCCACAGCGUCUCAGCAAUGAUAUCACCGUCUAGUCUCAACGCUAUCCAAGAGAUUGCAGGUCGAGAGGAACUGCAACAACAUGUUCAGGAUGUCACCAUCGGCCCAGAACGACUCAGCAGCAACCUCCCGGUCGAGCCUUUGAGGACGUCCUACAAAGCGCGACUCGCGGCCCAGAACGAAUUUGAGAGCAGAGGGGAUGACCACCGUCUCCUGGCCGCUAUCUUUGCGAGCCUACCCAACCUACGGUGGAUCCGCGUGGGACCCUGGGGUCAGAUGUGCUACGACCCGUACUUUCGGCCAAAGCUCAGCAUAGGCGCAAAAGAGAUUAAGAAAACCUACUUUCGCCCUUCGAAGGCGGACCACAGCACUCUGAAAGUCUUGCAACAGUUCCACAAUUACGACAACGAUCACGCCUAUCGCGAAUUUGGCGUUGUGUUUAAAGCCCUGCGCGCCAGCGGAAUCAGCAGGCCGCUUCUCGACCUUCACCUUUGCGCCCGGGAUCCGCACGUAGAAAAGUAUGAAGUCCCCCAAAGAGAACCAUUUGACCUGGAUAGUCGUGACUGGAAAGCCGUCCACCCACUCCUUCGCGCCGUUCACAUCAGCCUACUGAGAUGGGAGCAUCGCUUUUCCCUCCCUUGGCUGCAGCAGUUUCUUCCUGUUCUUCCCGAACAUCUCGAGCAAAUUAUCAUCGAGCACUACUUUAACGCCGUUCACGACGGGCAGGGCAGGGUCAACUCCCUACAUCUGCUCAGCCAAGGCAAUCUACCAAAUCUCACCCGCCUGGUCGUCGAUUUCUACUACGCGCCGGAAGAAAAGGACUUGAAUGCGCUUCUGAAAAUGCUUUCUCCCUCACUCGAAACUCUUGUUUUAUCACAAUUUCAUUGGGGCUAUAGGAGUGAUGCUUCCUGGCAUGGCAUCUUCCGCACCAUCAUGGGCAUGAAGUCGCUGAGGGCAGUUCACUUGUAUGAACUAGAAGCCUUUGGUUCCCAACCCGGAAUACCGUCCGAUAAGAUUGUACACAAGUGCUUUCCGGAGUACGACCGCGAACAUCGCACGAAAAAUGACUCUAUCCCUCGAUUUGGUCCCGAGGGUGAGGAAUGGAAAUUUUGCGACGAAGGGCGAGCUGUGGAUCUUUACGGCCAAGCGGAAAUCCAGGAGGAGCUAGGGUACGCCAUUGCACAUGGGAAAUGGCACCUAACGUGUGACGAAUGGGGUCACAGUACGCAUUUCAUGGUCUGGUUUAGAACGAAGCCGGGUAAGGCGAUGCAAGCGGAGGGGCAUAGUAUCUACAAUGGAGAGCGACCGAUCUGGAAGACGGCCUGAAGUGACUGAGAUGGAGAGUAGGUUUGAAUAACGUUCGAACUUUUUACGUCGCUUCAAACCAUCUCAUGGACGCGGUCUCAGGUAUAGUGAAUUCACCGCAUGUUCGAUUCCAUAGCUAAAUUCAUUGUCUUUGCUCA